GAACUCCGUCCUCAACAAUUCAUAGCGAGUUAAUUAUCCUACCGCUCGUGCGCGAUCGACGUCACCUAUAUCUUUUGCUACCCCCUAUAUCGGUAUCUCGGUACUAAUAAUAAACUCUCAGACUGGACGCGAACACAGGGCGACGGGAUCAUAGCCGCGGUCGCCGCCGGGGAUUGCGCAUCACAACACGUCAUUGAAUUUCCGUUUUCAACCGAAGGACGGAGUGUAGCAGUGCCGUUUCAAACGGACGGACGGACGGACGGACGGACGGCCGCGGAAGUGAUCAUGUUACGAUACUGUCGGUCAUUUUGUAAUCGCGUGUAAAGGAAAGCGCGGGAGUACGAUCAUGUUCGUCGCGCGACACCACCUCGCUUUUCUUUAACGUUGAUCCGCCGUUGCGCCGCGCCGCGAGAUAAGGGGCACCGAUCUCCUCACCCCCAUCAUCGCCAUGCCGCCCCGACGACGCGCCGAGAUCCAAGAAAGCGCGCGUAUUUAAUUGACUUUACCUACCGUUGAACAUUGAAAACGUUUACCGAUUCGAAAGGUUUUAACUCGAAAUCUUUGUGCCUCGAGCCGCCGCGCCCGCGUGUAGUGUCUCGCGCGCCUCUCGAAAGUCUCGAAUCUUCCCUCUUGUGUGCUCCGCUUUUUGACAUACAUAUGAGCCGGUCGCGGUCAUUCGUGCGACUGCCGAAGCCGAAAGAGCGAGAGCGCCCGCCUGCCCGCCCUCUCGAAUCGGCGACUCGAUCGAGAAAGAUCGCCGAACUCCGGGCUAACUCGAUAAAAAUCGCAAAUCGGUGGUGGUGCGUGCGUAUCGAUGCGUACUAUACCGCCCGCGACCGGCCAAUGAUCGCUGAUGGUACGCGAUACGCGAUGUUCGUAUCCCCGAUCACGGCGCCCGACGGGAUCGUACAUCCGAGGAUAAACCGAUGUUGAUAACAAUGUCCGAAUUUAAAUUUUCUGCAAAAAAUAAGAUCUAUAAGGACGGCGCUGUGGAGCUGUUGCAAAAUUUCGACGUGAGUGAGGGCACUCCCAAAUCGUCGGACGACAGCCUGAGUGGUCAGCAACUGGUGGAUUGCGACAUUUGCGGCGAGCGUUUCACCUCGAAGAAGCCGCUGCGCAUCCACAUUAACACCCACCUGAGAAAACUGCGUAUUGUCCUCAAGAGAGUGGCAAACCCGAAAGUGGUAAAGGUGAAGAAGGACACGUACUGGUUGGAUCCCGAGAAGACUGGCUCGUUGAAGCUGACCCUGAAGAAGCAAAGCGUAGCCGAUUCCUUGAAGCUCACCCUGAAGAAAUCCUCGGAAUCGGAAGAUUUCACCGUAGUGAACAACAAUUUUUACCCGGUCAUUAAGUACUAUCAGGAGAGAGACGUGGCAGGUGCUAAGGAAAAUGAUCCGAGAGGCGACAAGGCAGCGGAGAACUCGAUCAACGAACCUUUUGAGAACGUGAUGGUGGAUCAACAAGAUGAUUACGACAGCGCCAAGUUGGACACCGACCCUCACAAUCCUCUGGAAGAGAAUGAAAGACCGUCCGCAGAUGUCAACGAGAGUGACUCUGAUGUAGGGAGUGAUAUGGCAAAUCCGUCUGAGAAGGACGAUCAGAAUGUCGAUGAUACACAAAGUACCGAUAACUUUGACAAUUCCGAGAAAAGGCUUUCGGAAACCGAAGAUCACGAGGAAACAGAUGCUUUGGAAGCGACCUGCAGGGAAACUAUUGAAAACUUGAAAAAACUCGGCGAACAGUCGAGCUCUAGGUCAGCUAGUCAACUGGUCGACAGUUCAUCGGUGGAAGAAGAAGAUGACAGAAGCCACGAAGCCAGCAUGAUACAUAAUCUCGAGCAGAAUCCUUCCAUCAGCAUUAAUCCGAAGUCUUUCACAUUUUCUAAUCAUGCAACCGAACGCGACAAUGAAGAUAAGAACAGGGAGUCAACUGACGCAUCACAGACACAAGGUUUCAACUGGAAUCAACUGUCCGCCGAUUUAUCAAACAAGAGCAAUGAAGAUUUCAACAAGGAAGAUAGCGAACACCAGGGAGAUAACGAUGCGAACAUGGACAACGCUGGAUCAAUUUUGCAGAGUUUUCUCAUCGAACAUCAGAGGCGUAAUCCGAACGAGGUGUCGUUGUCGAAUAAUAUGUCGUCCGGCGAAACGGCAGAAUAUGUGCCCCUUGAGAAAUUGGCGGAGACUGUCAAUACAUGUCGUGUCUGUAAUGAGAAAUUCAAGGACAUCGCGCAUCUGGAUGAGCAUCGUAGCAAAGCCGGUCACUAUCAGUGCAAUAUACCAGAAUGCGCCAAUCUCAUCUUCCAUUCAACGAUGGAAGUGUCGAUACAUCGGGCACAAGUACACGGUACCCCACUCUCCCCGAGCGUGAGCCAAUUGUCGCCUCAUCAUUUGCCGUCGAACACAAAUACAUCACAUUUGGGCCAAACCACACAUUCGCCUCAUGCCAUUUCCGUUACACCGGUGGAGGUAUCAUCGACAAAUGGUUCACAUCACCUCAGUAGGACUUCGCCCUUAACGUCGCCGCAUCAGACGAAUUCACCAACAUAUAAUGCGGCGGUAGCAGCAGCGGCAGCGGGCGGUUCUACUGGCCAGCAAAUGCAAAUACCGCCGGUAAACUUUGAACAACUACCACCACCCGUACAACAACUGGCCCAGCAAGUGCAGCGUAUGCCUCUUCCACAGACGCAAAUGCCCCCUAGUCUUCCUCCAGGAGCCAACACCAUGAUACCUGCACCAAAUUAUUUCGUACAACCGCCAGGACGACCACCGUUGUACAGAGUACCUGGUCCACAAGGUAUACAAGGUAUACACUAUCCACCGCACAUGGCGCACUUGUAUCAAUAUGGACCGAAUCCAUAUUCUCAAAUAGCGCCUCCACAAAUGCAUCCCCAAAUGCCUCAGCCAGUUCCACGGGGGCAACGAUAUCCGUCGGCAUCUGUUAUUCAAAACAGCAGGGCGCCACGGUUACCACAAGCUACCGGUCCAGUUCCUCGCCAGCGUAUGAAAAGGCCCCUGCAACAGACUAUGCAGCAACAAAAUAACGCUUCUGUCAAACAAAGGCGUAUGGAUGUUCUAUUGCCUGAUAGAAACGAAGAUGCAGACUGCCAUGUCAUAGCUCAACAGAAGAGAAAUGACGGAUUGCCUGUUAUUCAAAAUGUUCAGGGAGCCACCACGCAGCAAACCAGUAGAAACGAUUCUACGAUACAUCUCACAGAUUCAAUCACUUUAAGUGUUCGGCAACCUGGUUCCAUCCCAGCUCAAAUCCAGAACACGUCAAACCAGGGGGGGAAGAAAUCCGAUGCCAAGGCAGUUGCAAAUGUCCUCGCGGCUCGAGGUAUAACCGUUACUCCAGCUGCAAAUAAAAAUAAGACAAGUGAACAAAACAAACAGCAAAUACCCCCCCAGCAGCAGCAGAGGCCACCACCUUCACAGCAGCCUUUAAAUGUUACAGCGCUCAAUCUGAAUUCUGCUAUUUCUAUCAUACCAACUAGUUCACAAAGAAAGCAACAAGAACAAGGGCAGUUUGCUGUUCCGCAAAACAAGCAAAACAAAUCGCCAAUCAAUGACCAAGUUGAGCGACCGCCGAGACCGCCGACCGUGGAUCUUACGCAGGAUACUCCACCACAGAUACCAGUGGUUAGACGAGGUCGGCCACCCAGAGCAUUAUUAACGUGUCAAGUAUGCGAUAAAAACUUUCAAAAUUCAGAUAUGUUGACGCAACAUAUGGCGACUCAUCGAACGACCAGCAAACUGCUUCACAGGUGCAACCUCUGUCCAGCUCAAUAUCCCACAGUUCAGGCGUUGACAACGCACAAGCAGGCUUACCAUAAAGAAGUUGAUACCGUGGCACAAAACGGAGGCACGGAAUUGGCUUUGCCGGUCGUUGAUUUAAAGUCGCCGCAUGUCCUAAAUCGCUUGGCAAAUUUGGGUAUUCAAAGCUACAUACCGUUGUCGCAGCUAAGUGCUCAAACUGGUGGUUACUUCGGCUUACCGAUCAUCACGAUAGACGGCGCGAGAAAUACGAGCACCUGCAAUCUGGGUGCGCUUGGUGCUACCUCCAUAUUAAGUCUUGGUCCUCUUAAGCAUAUAUCAAACGGGUAACCGCGGACAAACUCGCAUUUGGCCUACUCCACGUGUGCAAUCACGCUCUUUGGUUAUAUCUUGUUCAAGUUGCUUUACUUGUUGCUGUAUUGCCAAUGACCAUGACACAUGAAGCGUCUUGAUUUCUAAAGAGAAAACCGUGAUAUAGUUUAUGAUAAGUAGAGUCGUCAUAAAUGCAACGUUUUAUACAUAAAGAAUAUAUUGAAAUACGUUCUUUAUAUAGGAAAUAUAUGUGACAUUUAUUUGUGAAUUUUUUUUAAUUUUAUUUCAAAAAGAAAAUGGUUGACGACUGACUUAGACAUAAAAUUUGUUAAUUUAUAUUUGUAGACUUAAAGCAAUACAGUAUUCCUCGCAUAAAACUUUUCUGAUUAAAGUUAUACUACAUUUUGAUAAAAUAAGAUUUUAAGACCCAGUUAAUCUAGAAAUUUAACCCUUUUGCUACGGCAGAGCGCUGGCCGAGGAAACGCUAUUGUCGUACGGGAGAAUCGCGAGUGUGCUUUGCCGCGGACAAAGUAUUUACUUUGUAAUGAUGCGAUCAAAUUCAUAUCUUAACUUUAUUUUACUUGUUAUUGCUAUAGAUAAAUGAACAUUGUUUAUAGCUUGGUUGUAAUAAUCCAAACAACACAUGUGUCUAAGGAUGCAUUUUGAAAUGUACUGACAAUAUUGAUUCAUUCUUGAGAUCUAAAAGAUGCCUUACGUCGUGUCUAAAAGAUGUGUUUCAGACAUCUUCAAGAUGCCUUUGAGACGCUUUUGACACGUGUGUUGUUUGGAAAUUUAUUCUUACUUUAGUUUUGUGAGCACGGCAAAUAUUCGUAAUAGUAGCUUAGUACUCGGUGGAUAUGCACUGUGGCCAUUCGUAGCUAAAGGGUUAAAAUAUGAGGUACAUAAUACAUCGUUACAAAAGGAAUCUUAAACCAUGAAUUAUUUUGUAUAUUUUUUUUUAAAUAAAGAUAUUAAAAAUAGAAAAAAUUUCUCUGCUGAACUUACAUGUUUUAUGUGUAUAAAUUAUUUAGCAAAAAGUAAUUGCAUAGCUAAGUCUUUCUUUAUUAUUAUCGCAAUGCUUUAGCUUUAAGAUGUACCUAGUGAAAAAUACAACUUUCUGUCAUUGAAAAACUAUACUGACAGUAUCAAAUAUAAAAUAUUAGGUUGUACUACAUAAAAUUGUUGGUAUUCAAUCAGUUUAAAAUCGACAAAUGAAUAAAAUUUAAGAUAUAAGCUUGCAACAGUAUUGGGAUUUAUAAUUUUCUUUAACCAUUGUAUUGUUUUUAUUUAAUCUUUUUUAUAGAACUGGAUAAUAUGCGACGAAAGACUUAUGAAUAUUUUUUUAUUUAUAUUUGAAAUUGCAAUAUAAUAUUGCUCAAAUAGAUAGAAACAUUAAUACGAUUUUCAGAGAAAACUGUGUGAAAUAAAAUGUUAGUGAAAUGAUUAUUCGGUGAUGAUUAUACACAAAUUUUACUCUGAGAAUCCACAUUUCGCAAAUAAAUCUAGAUAGUCCCAAUUCCUAAUGCUGAUGAUAGUUUGAUGGAAUAAAACUUGUUUUUUUUUUUAAACAACAUUUUUAUGUUACCCAGUAAAAACAAUUUGUUAUGGUACAACCUAAUACAUGACAAAAUAUUUUACAUGUGCAAUAUAUACGAUAAAUUGUGUCUGAUAUAUCUAAUCAGACAGAAUUAUUUUGACAGAUAAAAAAAUGACACUUGAAAAGAGUAUAUUGAUAAAAUUAUAUCUAAUAUUGUUAUAUCCAUCUUAAUGGAUUUACUCACUUUGACUGUUUGGGCGACGGAAUUUUGAAAAUAAUUGAAGAAAAUUAGAUAGAUAAAAAAAUUAACAUUUUUAUGUUAAAAAAAUAUAUAAUUAAAUAUUUUUUGUAUUCUUUACAAGAAUACAAGAAAUAUUUAAUUUCUUCAUACAAAAUGUUUACCGCCACAUAUCUCUGCAUUUUUCAUUGAGCGUAGAACUUCCAAAAAUUUGAUCUGAAAUUGUAUUACUGAAAAAUCUGUAUUAUUUAUUAGAAUCUGGCAAAGACAUAAAUUUUAACAUUUUGGCUUUCUAAAAAAGUCAUGAACUUUUGGAAAGAAGAACUAAUAUUUUUAAUGUCAAAAUGUGUAAUUAAUUCAAUCCUUAAUUUCUUAAAAAUAUAUUCUCUCAACAGUCAGGGUGGGUAGACCCUUUUAAAAAGAUUACAAUUCUUGAAACAAACAGCGUUGAUACGUUGAUGAGAAAACUAUCUCUCAAUUUUUUUUUUAUGAGAAAAGAAAGCUUUUAUUUUGCAAUUGUCAAAAUAUCAAAACACAACUUGCUAAGUUGUACAUACAUUUUGUAAAAAGAAAGACAAAAGUGAUUAAAAAUAUAUUCCUUUAUACUUAAGAAAUGUUUUAUAAAGAUAUCAUAUACGCGUCAUAUAUCAUAUGUAAUUUUUAUUUAUUAUCAUUCCUAUUAGUUACAUUGUUACAUGCAAAUAAGUAUUUUCAUUCUUUAUAUUAUCACACUUUUUCUAUAUCUUCAUAAUAUACUAUUAUAUACUUAUUCUUUACGUAUAUAUUAUAUCAUUCUUUAUAUUAAUUUAUACACUUUAAAUAAGCAGCCAUCUGUCUGUCGAAUUUGUAGAAACUCAUCGCGAGCGACUGAUAAUGAGAUAUUAAGAUAUUGUAUAUGUGUGUAUAAUAAUAAAAAGAAUAAUGUAUAUAUAUAUAUAUAAUAUAUAUAUAUAUGAAUAUUUCCGUCGCAAUCCGAAUGUACAAGAACAGUUGGGCAUUGUAUUGUUCACCUUCAUUUUUAAGCGAAAACUCUUAAAAUAUAUUUAAAUGAACACAUUUAAAUGAUUUUGUUCCUUUGUAGUCGAAUACAAAGCGAGAUUCCGAGACGUUAUUCAAUCUCUCCUUUCACAUGUCUAAAAACAUUUUAGCUUUAUUAGUUCCUCGAACAAUUCACGCCGUUUAAAGGAGAAAAAUAAUAUAGACAUGUUACUUUUUUUA